UACUUUUUAGGAUCCACUCGGUGUUGAUAGCGGUGCUGUUGAAGGGACACCAGUCAGUUCCUCCUCCGUAUUCAAUCUGCCUGUUCUGCUAGGUUUUGAGGUUUCUAUUAUUAUUUGUUUGUUUGUUUUGCCACUUUAAAUUCAAAGUAUUAAAGGCGGGUGCCCCGAAGAAAGUUUGGCAACUCCAACAGACCAGGAUACCAAAGCCCGGGAUUCAGAGUCAAAAUCUGUUACUACUCCGGGCAGGAGAGGCAGACCUCGCGGAAGCGACUGCGCAGGGUCGGAGGAGAUGAAAUGGCUUAGCAUCCUCUUUCCCCGCGGCGGGAGCCCCUGGCAGUGCCUCGCUCAGGGCUGUACUAGGGUGCAAAAGGUCUGUGCUUUCUCUGAAAGAGAAGGGGGUGGACUACAAGAUCGCGAGCAGCUGCGGGAGGGGAAAAGCCCCGAGGCCUGGAUGGCUCUAGGCUGUUCCCCUCAGCCCACUACCCGCUAGCAAAGCCUUUUCCUCACCCCAGUCCCAAGUAUCGGGAUCCCGGCCUUCACUUCUGAUGCAUAAAAUAUGCGGUGGAGUCCAGAGAGUUUUUGAAAUUCUGGCCGAGGUUACUUUACCCGUUGUUUUGCCCCCAAGGUCAAACACAGCCCGAAAGGUAGAGUUGGGAAUGCGCUUAGCGCCGCUCCAGACUUUUAAAUUUCACCUGAGUCCGGGUGGCUGCUUCCAGCUCGCCUUUCUUUACAUACGAAUAGCCUGCAAGGAGUCACCUGGAUUUUGCCCAAAUCCAGAAAGAAUCGGCAAAUGGAGAACUGCAUGAGCGUUUGACUUUUCCUUUGUUUUUCCCAAGGCGUGUAAGCGUGCGUGAGGGUGGCCGGCCAUCCUCACGGACUACGCCCGCCGAGGCGGUGGCCCGCUCCAGUGUGGGUGCGACGACGGUCGCACCAGGUCAGGGGAGGUGGGGGUCGCCUGGACCAGUAGAGGACACGUCCGUUCGCAUCUUGGGAAGGUUUCUGUACUGGCCAGGGGCUGGGGUUGCCCUCGGAAACACGGUCUCUAGGUGUAGGAAUCUUCAAGACCUUUUUUUCCCUCGAGGUUCCGCGCGCCUGCCCGCGCCCUCCCCACCUCCCAAGCGCUCUGCCAGAGGCCACUGCUUUUCAUUAAUAGUAUCAGAAACGCUCCCGGGAAAACGCGGAGUUUUUCUCCAGACGGUCUGGGGGCAUUGGAAAGAAGGGCGGGGGGGGGGGAUGGUGCAAAAAUGGUGAUCAAAGCGGAAAGGAAAAGCCCAGGCUAAAUGGGACGUAAAGUGAGGCAAAGGGUUUUCUGAUGCCACUUUUCUGUGUUUAGUUUCGGAGCACAUGUGACAUAAAUAUAUAUGUGUAUAAUUUCUUCCUAAACACUAACUAUUGAAACAGUACUUUGCAUCUUCUGAGAAUCUUUCCCUAAAAAAUUAUCCCGAUCUCUUUCCUCUCCUUGUGCUGUUCCACCACUCCCUACCUCGCCGUGCAUGGAGCACGUUUUUCAUUUUCAGCAUCAUAAAUCCACGCCAUGAAGAAUCAUAAUAUAUUAGUUUUAGGGACAAUAUAAGUGAUGCUCUAAAAUUUGAUCAAUUGACAUUGGUUGGUUUAGAAAAAACUGCCAUACCGAGAGCUGAGCCAACUCCCCAUACUUUCCUUUAGCCCUCAGAGUCACCUAUUUGUUUAUUUAUUUAGUCACCUGAAACCACUCCCUACUUGCUGCUGAUGCAGGAGGACUGGCAGUGUUACAUACACUCUUGGAGAUUUUUCUAAAUUGAACAAAUGCAAUGCUUCCUUUAGAAGAUAGCAAAGUCUUAACAGAGUUUAUACUUCUUUUAAUAUACUGUCAAUUUCCUUAUUAUUACUCAUAAUCCUUGUGGCGAUAAAAUUCCCUGGCAGACAUUCUACAUAUUGUGUCAAAAUAAUUUUGAACACUGAAUAUGUGAUGAUCACUUCCUGGUAGAUCAGCGAUUCUGCGACACAUUGAUGAGGAAUUGAUCAUCCAAAACCCAACCCACUGACAUCAUGAAUUGCUAGCAAUGAAAUAAACUGAGGCUAUUGAACUAAAAUAUGGUUUCUCUUCUGGGAACAACAGAUGUCAGAUGGCAUUAAAGCUCCCGUGAAUGCGAAUGGACAGUUUCUGUUCUCAGACUUUUCAGCGUUUUAUGGGAACUGUAUAUUUUUAUUUUGGCAAGUAAUAAGACAACCUUCACUAUCCAAGUAUCUGGAAAUAUUUUUAAAGAGAAUGUCCACAGGUAAUCUUUAAACAACAUACCUGUGAAAUAUUUGCAUAAUAAAUACAACCUGCUAAUUGUUUCUUUUCCGCUUCAGCAUUCUCUGGACAGUUUUCCUGGAGCCAGCAUGGGCAGAGGCCCUCACUCUGACAGGGUUUGCAGACCACGUGGGCAAUGAGGACUUAAAGAAUGUGUUUUGCUCAACAGGGUCGAUUUAAAGAAAAUAGUAUAUGAUCUCUCCCCUUUGUUCUGAUUUCUAAAACAACCAUUUGUUUUUAAAAGAGCCUUUCAGCAAGAGAUUCAGAAGGAGGAAACUGAGAAAGUUUAGUAAACCCGAUCUAAAAAGAAAAAGAAAAAAAUACCUAGCCCUUUGAUCUCCCUGGCAUUGUUAUUACAGUCUUAAAAUAUCUGCCAACCCCCUGGUCGGAAAAGAAAAACCUUACGGAUUAAGUAACUAUUUAUCGCAUGAGGAUAAUUACUUGUUUGACCUGAAGUCAUUCAUUCCUGAAAUCACGAAGUUAAAUUGUUGAGAUGUUUUUAAAAGCCACAGCUUCUGACUAUUGCUUGGUUAACAAAAGCCUGAUCCAGAUGACCAGAGCAUCUCAAAUGGGUCUGAGCAUCAUUUGUCAAAGUCUAAAGUUUGCGACUGCGCCUAGGGUAAUGGGAAGACGAAAGCAAGCUUUCCAUCGGAUACUUAUGUAAAGAGGUGCAAAGUGACUGAAUCCACAGGUGGCUGGGUUGACCGGGAAUGGAAAACCAGUCUUCCUCUUCUUCCCAGAACUCCAGCAGAGCAAGGUGGUCACAAGCCUCAGGCAGAAAUUAACCCCAGCGGCCAGAGGUUGCGGCUUCCGCUAGUGGUGCGGCCUCGGUGCUGUCCCUAGGAACCUGUUUGAUUCCCUUUACUAAUACUUCCGGCCCUUUUGUCAUUGGCUCAAUGGCUCGGAAUUAUAUCUGCAUUCUUGGGUCAGCAAACUUCUCUCCGCAACCUCCUGUCCAAACGCGCUGGCCCAGGGUUGACACCGCCCUGGGCGAGGCAUGACCCGGGCGGGGUAGGGGGACGGUGCCUGCGUCGCGGGGACCUUGCUUAGCCUCAGGCCGCGGGCGCGGAACCUGGCGGGGGUCCUCCGGGUGCGGGAGGCGGGAGAGAGAGGACUCCGGCACCCAGUGGUCGAGCCGCCGAGCGCCGAGCCCUGAUGGUGGAAAUUAAGGCAUGUGGCUUGUAGGUGCCGCCUGGCGGCCUCCGGGAGGCCCCGGAGAGCAGCUAAGGUCCACGCAGGCCGGGCUUUGGGACUUACUGGCCCUCCCGCUGGUCGCCCUGGGGCCUUGGGAACAGGGAAAUGAGCGCGCCGAGGCGGCGGCGGCCCCGCCGCUUUCAGUUUUCAUUGAGGCUGCUGGUUACUGUUUAACAUCCCCACCCACGUUUCAGUUUGUUUAGUAAAUCGAUCGGACUGUGAGAGACAGGCCGCGGCUUUGUCGCCAUUGAGCAAAGCUAAUAUUCUCCCAGCAUAUGGUCUAAAGUCUUUGCUAGAGAUCGGGGAAAACAAACAAACAAACAAACGACAACAACAUCCUUAAGCCUCUUCUCCCAGAUCACCCCGCCCCACCCCCACCUCCCACCUCCGCGCUUUCAACCUACUUCCCAGGCUGGGAAAAGUGCGGCACAGGACCCCGCUGCAAGGGCGGGUUGGGGGGACCUGCUGCCGGGAGAUGCGGCGGCUGCCGCGCAGUUGACUGCGACGCGGGAGCUCCGGCAGCGGCUCCGCGCAGAUGAGAAAGCUGAAUUUGAGAGAAGUUGAGUGACUGGCCUAAACUUGCAAGCUGGAGCACCAGUGAAAGCAGCCAGUCUGAGAUAUUGACACUAUAGAAAAAACUGACAGCUUACUCCUUGUAUUGAUUCUACUCUUCUCUACAAAUAUAGACUCCGUUCCCUACCACAGCCUUAGAGUUCUGUCCCAGAGACAACAAGUAUGAAUACCGCGGAUAACGGUGUCAACUGUCUAUGUGCCAUAUGUGGUGACAGAGCAACAGGAAAGCACUACGGGGCCUCAAGCUGUGAUGGGUGCAAGGGCUUCUUCAGACGCAGCAUACGCAAGAGUCACGUUUAUUCCUGCAGGUUCAGUCGGCAAUGUGUUGUUGACAAAGACAAAAGGAAUCAAUGUAGAUACUGUCGAUUAAGAAAGUGCUUUAGAGCAGGAAUGAAAAAAGAAGCUGUGCAAAAUGAGCGUGACAGAAUAAGCACCAGAAGAAGCACAUUCGAUGGCAGCAAUAUCCCCUCCAUUAAUACACUGGCACAGGCAGAGGUUCGGUCUCGCCAGAUCUCAGUCCCAAGCCCUGGUGCAAGCACUGACAUAAAUGUUAAGAAAAUUGCCAGUAUCAGUGAUGUCUGUGAAUCCAUGAAACAGCAGCUCUUAGUCUUGGUGGAAUGGGCUAAAUAUAUCCCUGCCUUCUGUGAGUUACCACUGGAUGAUCAGGUGGCACUGUUGAGAGCUCACGCAGGGGAACAUUUACUGCUUGGAGCUACAAAGAGAUCUAUGGCAUAUAAAGACAUUUUGCUUUUGGGAAACAAUUACGUUAUCCACCGCAACAGCUGUGAAGUUGAAAUCAGCCGUGUGGCCAAUCGGGUUCUAGAUGAGCUGGUCCGGCCCUUUCAGGAAAUUCAGAUUGAUGACAAUGAAUAUGCUUGUUUGAAAGCAAUUGUAUUUUUUGAUCCAGAUGCAAAAGGGCUAAGUGAUCCAGUGAAGAUUAAAAACAUGCGGUUCCAAGUACAGCUGAGUUUGGAAGACUACAUCAAUGACCGGCAGUAUGAUUCCCGCGGCAGGUUUGGAGAGCUGCUCCUGCUCCUGCCCACAUUGCAAAGCAUCACUUGGCAAAUGAUUGAGCAAAUUCAAUUUGUUAAACUUUUUGGGAUGGUUAAAAUCGACAAUCUUCUUCAGGAAAUGUUACUGGGUGGUGCUUCCAGUGAUACUAACCAUCUCCAUCAUCCGAUGCACCCACAUUUAUCUCAAGAUCCAUUAACGGGACAAACUAUACUUUUGGGUCCCAUGUCAACCCUAGUUCAUACAGACCAGAUCUCAACUCCUGAAACCCCACUUCCUUCCCCACCUCAAGGCUCUGGACAAGAACCUUACAAAAUAGCUGCAAACCAAGCUUCAGUCAUCUCUCAUCAGCCUCUCUCCAAACAAAAGCAAUUGUGAGAAUAUGUUUACUUCUGAACGGCACUGCAUAAAUGUGAAAUGUUGUUGGUCUUGAAAUAUCUCAGGAUAGCACUUUUGCCAAACUUUCAGCCAAGGCUUCUUCAUGGUGCUGUUAUAAGAUGGUAUCCUCUAUUCUUGUUUAUAUGCUCAUUUUGUUUGUUGUUGCUAUUGUUUGAAAGCUUUAGAUGCAAUCAGUGUAUAUCUGAGUUUUGAUAUGUUUGUACAGUAUAUUUUUUCCACCUUCCUUUGUACUGUGCCUGAACCAGUUGAAUCUUAUGUAUACCUUUCAUUUGUUGUCUUAUUAUUAAUUUAAAUGUGUAAAUAAUUGCUUUAUGGUGAUGUGAUGUAGAACUAAGGACUCUUUUUGAAGAAGAACAGUAGAUCAGAAAUCCCAGAUUAAUAUUAAUUGAACCAUUUUUUUUUUAUAAUUUCAAACCUUCAAAUCUGAAAGAUUAAGCGUUGCUGUAGAAUAGGAUGUAUUUCUUCAAAGGAGGAUUACUUAUGGUUAUCCUGUGUCUAAAAAGCACCUUUUUAGCCCACAGUGAAAUAUGCCUGUGUAGAGUUUAGAAAAUUAUAAAUAGGCAUUCCAAAGAUGACUAAGGUAUUCCUUGAACUCUGCCUAUAUUUGAAGAUGUAUAUUAAAAUAAAAUGUGUUAAUUUUAUCAGUUAGGAUACAGGCUAAACUGUAAAAGAGUAACCCUUCAAAGGGUGGCUCAAUCAAGGCAUACAUUUAUUUCUCUCUCCUAAGACAAUAUAGAAGUAGUCAUCCAUUGACUAGAACUUGGCACAUGUCCACAUCUAAUUCUCAGGGAGGCUGGGAGUGUAGUCUGUAGGUAGAAAGCCUGGUGCCAGCUAAAACUGUACAUCUCUGGGCUUCUGAUAGUGGGAGAUGAUUUUGCCAUCUGUCACACACAUGUUGCCUCAUUUAAUCCUCAUAGCAACCCUGUAAGAGAGGUAUUAUUAUCUUUCGUUUAUAAAUAAACCUUUAGCUUAGAGGGUUUAAGUAAUUUAACCAAAGUUUAUUAACCUAAGGAGUAGGAGUGCCACAUUCAAGCCCAGGUCUGGUUAACUUUCACAAGAAUAAUCUUUGGUUUGGAAGGCAAGUGUGAGCUUCUUACUGUGGUUCUUAAAUAUAUGCAAUUGAGUGAUCAUUGAAUAUUAUCCAUUGGGUUCCCUAUAACUCAUAUUUAUAUGUCAACAAGUGUAAAUUUGUUGCAGCAUGAAUAAGAAAACACUUUUGUACUUUCAGUAAGUCUUUCUUCUAAAAAGAAAUCUUUUAAAUGGAUUAAAGAAAAUAAAAUAUAUACCAAGGAGGUUAUGAUGAAAGCAAAAACAAAUUUAAAUCACUAACUCAGCAUAUUUUCAAAAAUCAGUGGACUGAGAAUUAUAGUUCAUUGGAGCCUCAAACUAUUUGAUAUUAUCUAAAGCUGCAGCUUAUUUAAAAACAAGUGAUGGGCUGCCUCAAGAAACAGUAUUUCUUUCUCUCUCCCUUACACACACACACAUUUAUUUGCUGAAGCAGGGAAAAACUGGUUUAGUAAUUAUUAAUGAUAUAAAAAAGGUUUCCCCACUCUGAGAGACUGCAUUAAAUGAUUUUUACAGAACCUUUCAAAAUUUCUAAGAUUAUGAUUUCAUAGUCCCUACCUACCCUGAAAGUAAAAAUCUGUUAACUUUAACCAACUUAUGAACUCUUAAAAUGGAAAAAUGAUUACAGAGAAACUUCAUUGAUUUAAUAGAAUCAAUAAAGUUCCUUUAAGAGCUGGACCUGGAAACCUUAAAAUAUAUCUUUGAGAGAGUGAGAACAGAAGAAAAUUUUAACUUUGCUCUUCCUUUUUAAUUUAUGCUAGUGUCUCUAUUUCAUGAAUAAAAAUGCUUUUGAUUUUUAUAAGAGGAAAUAUAUUUUGUAGUUUUCUGUUUAAUUUUUUGUGUGUCCUCUUGGAAGAUAGUAAAAAAACCUUUAAAAUAUAAAACAUACAUCAUUUUAAUGAACACUCUAACUUAUCUGCAUAUAUUUACUAAACAGCCAUGUUUUAGAAAAUAUUGCCAACAAAUUUGUUUUAAUGACUAUAGUCAGGGGAUGUGUAAUAUAAUAUUUUGUAUACUUAACUGCCAAAAAUGCUGGACAAAGGAGAACUGAAGUUUUCAGCAUAUUUUCAAGAUGUUGAUAAGGAAAGUUAUAGCUUUUAUAUAGCACACUACUUUUUUUCAGGUAAUAAAAAGGAAUAAUUUAUUGUCGAAUAAUGAUUCAUUUUAUAAAUGCAAAAUUAUUUUUAUAAAUUUCAUUGUUGAAAAUCAAAAAUUACUAGAUUUUUUUAAAUGUUAAAUUAUAAUGAGAUUAAAAUAUUUCUAAACUGUGAUACCAUGUUGUUUCACUAAACUUUCUAAAUAAAA